UGCUGUCGCUGCCUCCAGCGAAGCGCUGCCUCCGCCGAGGGGAGGGCGCCCGCGGCCCAGCGUCACGGCGGCGGCUCCUCCUCGGACCCCGGUGUUCGCCGCGGCGCCAAGCGGCCGGCCCCGGGUCUCGAGAGCCCCGCUCGGCGCCCCGCGCGCCUCCCUGCCGCUCCCGCCUCGGGCCGGCCGCGGCGCCGGGAGCCGGAGCGAUGCUGCGCCGCCCUGCGCCCGCGCUGGCCCCGGCCGCCUGGCUGCUGCAGCUGCUGCUGGCCGGGCUGCUGUGCGGCGGCGAGGUCUGGGCCGCGCGAGUUAACAAGCACAAGCCAUGGCUCGAGCCGACGUAUCACGGCUUAGUCACCGAGAGCGACAGCGCCGUGCUCCUCGACCCCCCGCUGAUCGCCCUGGACAAAGACGCGCCGCUGCGCUUUGCAGAGAGUUUUGAGGUGACAGUCACCAAAGAAGGUGAGAUUUGUGGAUUUAAAAUUCACGGGCAGAAUGUCCCCUUUGACGCAGUGGUCGUGGAUAAGUCCACUGGCGAGGGAAUCAUUCGCUCCAAAGAGAAACUGGACUGUGAGCUUCAGAAAGACUACACAUUCACCAUCCAGGCCUACGACUGCGGGAAGGGACCAGAUGGGGCCAACGUGAAAAAGUCUCAUAAAGCAACCGUCCACAUUCAGGUGAACGACGUGAAUGAAUACGCCCCCGUGUUCAAGGAGAAAUCCUACAAGGCCACGGUCGUGGAGGGGAAGCAGUACGACAGCAUCCUGCGGGUGGAGGCGGUGGACGCAGACUGCUCCCCGCAGUUCAGCCAGAUUUGCAGCUACGACAUCGUCACGCCGGAUGUGCCCUUCACCGUCGACAAAGACGGCUACAUAAAAAACACGGAGAAGCUGACUUACGGGAAGGAACGCCAGUACAAGCUGACCGUCACCGCCUAUGACUGCGGGAAGAAACGGGCCACAGAAGAUGUUCUGGUGAAGAUCAGCAUCAAGCCCACCUGCGCCCCCGGGUGGCAAGGAUGGAACAACAGGGUCGAGUACGAGCCUGGCACCGGCGCUUUGGCCCUCUUCCCAAACGUCCACCUGGAGACGUGUGACGCAUCGGUGGCCUCGGUACAGGUGGCCGUGGAGCUGGAGACCAGCCACAUAGGGAAGGGCUGUGACCGCGACACCUACUCCGAGAAGUCCCUUCACCGGCUCUGUGGUGCCUCGUCUGGCACCGCAGAGCUGCUGCCUUCGCCCAGCGGCUCCUUGAACUGGACUGUCAGCCUCCCCACCGACAACGGCCACGACAGUGACCAGGUCUUCGAGUUCAACGGCACCCAAGCCGUGAGGAUCCCAGAUGGCGUGGUUUCCAUCGAUCCCAAGGAGCCGUUCACGAUUUCCGUGUGGAUGAGACAUGGGCCGUUUGGCCGGAAGAAGGAGACGGUUCUUUGCAGCUCAGACAAAACAGACAUGAACCGGCACCAUUACUCCCUGUACAUCCACGGCUGCCGGCUUAUUUUCCUCCUGCGUCAGGAUCCCUCCGAGGAGAAGAAAUACAAACCUGCGGAAUUCCACUGGAAGCUGCACCAGGUCUGUGACGAGGAGUGGCACCACUAUGUCCUCAACGUGGACAUCCCAAGCGUGGUGCUCUACGUGGACGGCACUUCUCACGAGCCCUUCUCUGUGACUGAGGAUUACCCGCUUCACCCGUCCAGUAUUGAAACGCAGCUUGUGGUCGGGGCUUGCUGGCAAGAAUAUUCAGGAGUUGAAAAUGACAAUGAAACUGAGCCUGAGCCUAUGGCCUCUGCAGGUGGCGACCUGCACAUGACCCAGUUUUUCCGAGGUAAUCUGGCCGGCCUGACAAUCCGUUCCGGGAAGCUGGCGGAUAAGAAGGUGAUUGACUGUCUGUAUACCUGCAAAGAGGGGCUGGAGCUGCACGUCCCCGAAGACAGCGGCAGAGGCGUCAAGAUCCAUGCCACCCCCAGCCAGUCAGUGUUGACCUUGGAGGGAGAGGACGUCGGGGACUUGGAUAAGGCCAUGCAGCACAUUGCCUACCUGAAUUCGCGACAGUUCCCCACCCCUGGGAUCCGCAGGCUCAAAAUCACCACCACAGUCACGUGUUUCAGCGAGGCCACCUGCAUCUCCAUCCCCCCGCUGGAUGGCUACGUGAUGGUCUUGCAGCCGGAGGAGCCCAAGAUCAGCCUGAGUGGCAUCCACCACUUUGCUCGAGCAGCUUCUGAAUUUGAAAGCUCGGAGGGCGUUUUCCUUUUCCCGGAGCUUCGGAUCAUCAGCACCAUCACGCGAGAAGUGGAGCCCGAAGGGGAAGGGGACGAGGACCCCACAGUUCAAGAGUCACUGGUGUCUGAGGAGAUCGUGCACGACCUGGACACCUGCGAGGUCACGGUGGAGGGAGAGGAGCUGAACCGUGAGCAGGAGACCCUGGAGGUGGACACGGCCCGCCUGCAGCAGAAGGGCAUCGAAGUGAGCAGCUCUGACCUGGGCGUGGUCUUCACAGGCGUCGACACGAUGGCCAGCUACGAGGAGGUCUUGCACCUCCUGCGCUAUCGGAACUGGCACACCAGGUCUUUGCUGGACCGCAAGUUCAAGCUCGUCUGCUCCGAGCUGAAUGGCCGCUAUGUCAGCAACGAAUUCCAGGUGGAGGUGAACGUGAUCCACACGGCCAACCCCGUGGACCAUGCCAGCCACAUGGCCGCGCAGCCGCAGUUUGUCCACCCCGAGCACCGCUCCUUCAUUGAUCUCUCGGGUCACAACCUGGCCAAUCCCCACCCGUUCGCAGUCGUCCCCAGCACCGCCACAGUGGUCAUCGUCGUGUGUGUCAGCUUCCUGGUUUUCAUGAUCAUCCUGGGGGUGUUCCGGAUCCGGGCGGCCCACCAGAGGACCAUGCGGGACCAGGACAGCGGGAAGGAGAACGAGAUGGACUGGGACGACUCCGCCUUGACCAUCACAGUGAACCCCAUGGAGACGUACGAGGACCAGCACAGCAGCGAGGAGGAGGAGGAGGAGGAGGAAGAGGAGAGCGAGGACGGGGACGAGGAGGAUGACAUCACCAGCGCCGAGUCGGAGAGCAGCGAGGAGGAGGAGGGGGAGCACGGCGACCAGCAGACGGCCAGCAGGCAGCAGCAGCUGGAGUGGGACGACUCCACCCUCAGCUACUGAGCCGGCCGCCCCUCCGUCCCCCCCUUUCCUGCUUCAAGAGACUCCGCUGUCAUCUCUGCGCUCGCCCCGAGGGUCCACGGUGUACAAAGUCAUUCUGGCCAGUCGGUCUGCCGACCCGCCCCCCGCCUCUGCCCCCACUUGGUGUGUAGGACUGUAGGCCCCCCUGCUCCCGCCGCCGCCGCCGCCGCCGCUGCCACCACCCCCAGGUCUCUUAAGUUAUGUGAGGAGCUGACACUCCCUGUCUCGCCGCCGGAGAUGCGCGGUGCCUGGACUCCUUGACAAAGGUUUAGAAUUGCUCACUCCCACCUGCUAAUCCUUUUUUUCCCUUUUUUUUUUUAAAGAAAAAGUUUUUAUUUUUUCCAAACUAGUGCAUGUACAAAAUGGCAGAAUGGGGGUUCAUAUGUAGAUGAACUGACUUUUUAAUAUUUUGUAAAUAAAUUGGGACUCCUCGUGUCUUCUGUGCUAGUGUAAUCCAGGGCUGGAUGCAAAGUGAAGGGGCGACACUGAGCCUGGGAGGGACCAAGGCCCCUGCCCUCUCCGUCCCCCGCGGAGGUGAGGAAGGGGUGCGUCCUUCUCACAGCCCAGUGACCUCCUGGUCUCGGCGUCGGGCCUCGGCAUGUGGCCGGGCCAGCAGGGGCGUGCACAUCGGUGUGCUGCCUGGCAGGACGGGACCAGAUCAGGGACCCUCUUGGGAGGCUGAGAUGGCCAGUCUUUUCUUUGGGAUUCUGCCCAUUCCUGCCUUGGCGGGAGGGGAGAGGGGGAGCUGGGGUCCCUGGCCUUGUUGCUCGCUUCUCCGAGGACUGGCAGCUCCUUGUACAGGAGCCUGGACUCAGGUGCAGCCUGGGGCUUCACCCCGAGCCCCUGUCCACCUCCUUGCCGUGGGAGCACACGGCAAUCUCACAGUCAGUGCAGACCCUCUGAGCGCUUGGUUUGGAGACGCCAGCAGGCCUGAGGGAUCUGCAGAUUUGCUGAAACGACACCCCAUGGCCCCAAGGCAGUGCUCGACUCCCCGUCCUCCGCAGAGUCCUGGGGUCAAGCCCACGCCCAGCAGGUGGGGUAGGGCAAGGGAAGCUAAAACCCCUAAAGCCCUCGGGUUUUCAGUUACAUGUAAAACUUUAAUUUCUAAAACGGGGGGAGAUAAUUUUGAACACUGUUCUGUGAUCAUAACUGCUAGUUUCGAGGACACUGCCAGCUGUCCUGCAUCCUGUGUGGCCAUCCCCCCAUGUGCUGUCGCUGUAGCUGCUCUGUUUAGACAAUGGGUAGACGCUCUGUGGAGGCGGGCCCGUCUAUAGCCGCCGUGGUGUCACUUUUCAGAUGUGUAUAUUGAUGAUAGGUCAGAAAGUGUAUACACUACAAUAAAGUCUGGUUCUAACUCCA